CUGGAUCAUAGGGCAAGUAGACCCUUCCCAUGUGGCCGAAGCCUCAUACUGGGGGUGUUUGCUAACUGUCGACGCAUUCACAAACCGGAGUCUCUUCAUCGCGACCAUGGUACAACAUCACAGCCUCGGCUUGGCACCUUCAACCACCCCUAUCACCCCUUGACGAAAUCGUCAAGAAUUGUCACAGCCAUCACCUACUCCAACUUGAAACAUCACGUACUCGCACAGUGUGCUAUACCAGUCAUAGUUUAGCCUGUAGUCCCUCUGGACAGAAUGCUAUCUACGUAUCUCUCUGAUCCAGAGUAUCGGAUGCAGUGCUUCAGCAUUUACUAUCCUUGUUUCACUCACGGACUUGGUACAUUCCUUCAGCGUCCUAAGCGUUAUAUGCUUCGUCCACGGCUCACAGAGUCAGGAAGAAUAUUGUACCAUUCCCAAUUGUGUUCACAACAUGGUAGAUGACAUACCAGUUACAGCGACGAGUGCAGCUCCCGCAACUUCAGACGAAGGGAGUCGGAGAAUGAACCCAGAGCUUCCAAGAGUGACCAUCAGUUCGUCAAUGGAAUACGUUGAAAAGAUGUCCUGGGCAUUGGCCCAUGCGAUGCUGCCCAAUCCUGUCUGGAGAGUCUUAAUUAAAGGAGACACGGACGGCAAAGGCGAGGAAGAGUCGGAGGAGAAGCUACUCCCAUCGUAUCACGCUGUCAUCAAGGAUUUCCUGACAGCCGGAGUCAACGCUGGCGCUUUCAUUGCGGAAUCGGGUGAUUUUGCGGCAUUCGCCGCCUGGUGCCCUCCAGGCUCGCAUGAAGCACCUAAAACAUCCAGCGAUACACCGGACCUGGAUAAAGAGAUUUCGAUAGAUGGUCUAGAGCAGGAGGUGGACAAAGUCCGGGAUGAAUUGAUCUGGUCCAAACACGGACAGGAGUUUUGGUGGCUACGUUUGCUUGGUCGUGAUCCCAGGAAGUCCGCAGUGCCUGGCGCCGUGAGAGCUGUUCUACAGCCUUCAAUGGAUCGAGCUGCAGCAGAGGGCAACCCGAUCUGGCUUGCAACCACGAGUCCGCACGCGAGGGAUAUCUAUCUUCACAUGGGAUGGCAGUUGGUCAGGACAGUCGAAUUCGGCGGACACAAUGAGUGGUGCAUGAUUCUGUAUCCGCCUUCAACAGAGGAAGAGGCAGGUCGAUGAUGAAUUUGAAUCAACGUAGACCGUGACUUAGAAGCAUGUCACUGGC